AUGGGCACCGUCACUAUAGGCAGGGCCUACUUCGAUGCCCUCCUCAGAAGAGCCCAGUUCCACACUUCUGGACAUGAGUUCGAGCUUACUCCUGAUCUGCUCAGCAAUGUUGUCAUCUCAAAAGAGGAGCAUGGCUACCUACGACAAUGCAGCCGAGACUACGCCUUACUCAAGACUUCUCUAUUUCGAGGAGGCCUGAAAACGGACACACUGAACACACUUCUCGCUGGCGAAACCGAGGCCAACGUUGACGACAAUUGGCUAUACGAUCACAACUCAGAACGGGCCUUUGUGAAGUCCAAGUCGGUACCUGUCACCGUAAGAGCGCCUCACAGGCAUCACAGUCCGCCUGACUCGGACGACACCGAGACCGGUAGUGAGCAUAUCGACCUGCCCCAACCACGAACACUGCACCGAGCAUGUAGUAACGACCAGACCGAUUCUUGCGCCGAUAACUGCUCUGACGACGAACAUUGCUACAAGCCAGGACGCGGGGUUCAUCAGCGCAUCCCAGUGCAUGACCGGCGCACCAUUCUGAUUACCAACCUCACAGAACGCACUACUCACAAGGAUAUUGCUGGAGUAAUUCGUGGAGGCAGAUUGCUCGACAUCUUCAUCCGCAACGAUCGAUCAGCCACUGUGUCUUUCGUCGAGGGUGCGGCGGACUUCCUGGCAUACAUCAAGCGGAACGACAUCUACCUGCAUGCCAAGCGUCUGGAGUUCCGCUGGGCUGAUCGUCAGUUCCAUGUCCCACCUCACAUCUCUAACAAGAUCGCUGGAGGUGCAACGAGAAACCUCAUCGUGCGCGGUGUGGCCGGCAGGCUCACCGAAGAGCAGAUCCGAGAUCACCUUGACCACAUUCACAAUCUCGUUGUGGUCGAUAUCUACUUCCAGAACGGAGACGCGCAUAUCUCAACCAACUCAGUUCAUAACGCGCUGUUUGCCAGGACCUGUAUGAUGUCUCGUACGGUAUACAAGGGUACGCGUAUCGACUGGGCAUCAGACGAAUGCGCCGCUGCACUACCACAGCCUAGCAUGAGGACCCGUGCACCCGUCAUGCAUAUGCCGUCAGUACCAUUUUCAAUGACGAACACUUACGCGCUUCUCGAUACAGUCUCUGAGGUCGACUCAGACGGACCAAAUGAGUCCUUCGGGUCCAAUGGCAUUCUUCUCAAUCACAAUGAUUGGGCCAGCGCGGCUGUAGCUUGA